AUGCCGGACGUGGAAUUUACUUCAGGCCACGGUAUUGGCAACCAGUUCGGCACAGACUCAAACGCCUCUGUAGGGACGUCAUGGACACAGUUUGAAGAUUCUACAAUGGCCACGACAUCAGGGACAGCCUCUCCUCCAGCGCCCAAGACCCCUGUCCCACCAGAUAAUAUCACUCCCGGGCAGCGGAUGGUGUCUGCGACCGCCGGCAAUGUCUUGACCGGGCUUCUAGUGACACCCUUGGAUGUCGUACGGGUCCGUUUACAGUCACAAUCACAAGUCCACAAUACCUCACCCUUUACCUCUCACACCACCCAAACCUUGAAAAACCUACCUCCGAACCUCGGUAUCACCUCCUGCUGUCGCGAAGUAUUCUGGGUCGGAAACGAUGCCCAGAUGUGUAUGCUAGGGCCUCAGACGACCACGGUCGGAACCCAUCCACACCCGGCGAUCGAUUGCGCCGUCGAAGAGACGCAGCGGCGAACAUUCACAUCAACGCUAGACGGGCUACGGAAGAUCGCGCGCAAUGAAGGAACUUUGACACUAUGGCGAGGGUUGAGCCCGACCCUGAUGAUGGGAAUCCCGGCCAAUGUCAUCUACUUUGCUGGUUAUGACUGGCUGCGCACAGAUGAGCGGAGUCUCAUCAAGCAGCGGGUAUCUGAAGGAUAUGCGCCCUUGAUAGCUGGUUCCUUGGCUCGCGUUGCAGCCGCAGCAGCAACCAGUCCGCUGGAAAUGUUUCGGACGCGUCUCCAAGCAACUCCAGGGACAGGUGCGGGCCACUUCAAAACCACUGUGAAGGAUUUGUACCAUAUGACACAGGCAAAGGGAUAUAGCUCGCUCUGGCGAGGGUUCACUCUUACCAUGUGGCGUGAUGUUCCUUUCUCCGGACUUUACUGGUGGGGAUACGAGGAGGUGAAAAAGGCUCUGAUCGCGGCGCGCCAGAAGGCCCCUCAUCUUUCGGGCUCUGACCACGAGCUUCAAGAAUCUAGUGUUCAAUCUUUCCUCGAUAGCUUCAUCUCUGGAGGUAUUUCAGGCUCUUUAGCAGCUCUUGUUACUACCCCGUUUGAUGUUGGUAAGACGCGACAACAAGUUUUCCGACAUCUGGACGACGUUCCUUCUACUGGCGCUCGCAUAUUACCCGGCAGCUUGGCGCCCGAGCAAUUAUCCUUACCAAAAUUCCUCAUGCACAUCUUCCGUGAAGAAGGUACCGCUGGCCUAUUCCGUGGUUGGACGGCACGAUGUCUCAAAGUUGCCCCGGCCUGCGCCAUCAUGAUCUCAACCUAUGAGCUUGGAAAGCGCAUGGCUCGAGAGGCCAACGAAAGACGACACCCUGAUGCAUAA